CGCGGACGAGUCAGCACGGGGUCGCCGUCGAUGCGGGCGUGUGUGCGUGCGUGUGUGCGCGUGUGUUCGCGUGCGCGAGUGUGGCAGUGAUAGUGACCUCCGUGAUGCCCUGCGAGCACGAUGGCGCCGACAGCGGUCCUGCUGCAGCAGGCCCUGAGUGCUCUGCUCCUGCUCGUUGUCCUCAGUGCGCUGCAGAGCGACUGUCUCCAGCUGUGUGCCGACCGGUGUCCCUUCCAGAACAAAACAGACGAUGGCCUCCUGGACGCGGCCGGCUGCGGCAGCGAAUGCAGAAUAGAGCAGUGCGGCUUGGGUUGCCGCUCCUGGCAGGACGCGCUGCAAACCAGCUGCCAGACAGUCUGCAACGGAACGCAAGAGCUGCUGCUGCCCAAAGAGCUGUACUGCGUCAUGGGCUGCAACGACGCCGUCAACACGUACUUCCAGCGGCUUAAAGAGGAGAUCGGCGUGCCCCCGGCGCCGGCGCUGGUGGCGGACAGCUUGACGUCACACUCGCUGAGCUUGGAGUGGGACGGCUCCGUGGACGGCUCGCGCUUCGCCAACGUCAGCUACCUGGUGCAGUGGCGGUACGAGGAGCUGGCCGCCGCCUGGCAGUACUGCCGCAACCAGUCCUGGGGGCCGCACGCCACGGCGCACGUGGACAACCUGCAGCCCUACAGCAAGUACAGGUUCCGCGUGGCGUUGCUGCUGCCGGGCGGCCACAGCGGCGGGGAGCUGGUGGUGAGCGCCCCGUCCGUGGUCAUCAGCACGCUGGCCAGCGGGGUGCCGUCGUCGCCGCCCACCAUCACCAGGGCCACGGCCGUGGACUGGGGCCGCGUGAGCGUGUCCUGGACGCCGGGCCGCUUCCCCAACGGCCCGCUGCUCUCCUACGUGCUCCACGUCUCGGAGCUGCCCGCCGGCUACUCGGCGCUCAAGGAUGUCCCCGCGUCGGAGAGCCCCGACUUCUACAUGUUCCAGAACCUGCUGCCCGGCCGCAACUACAGCGUGUCCGUGGCCAUGCGCAACGGGGUGGGCGAGGGCCCGGCGGCUACGGCCGUGGUGAGUACGCCGCCGCAGCCCGAGCCCGCCGUCCUGGACGACAAGAAGCAGCCCGCCCUGGUGCUCGCCGCCAGCCGCACUGUCACCAGGCAGUCCGCCGACCUGCUGGACGAGCCCGUGGUCGUGUACCGCGCCCAGGGCACGCACACCAUCACCGGCCUCGCCCUACACGUGGCCAAGCGGCUGCUGUUCGUGUCCGACUCGAGCGGCGUGGUGUGGCGCGCGUCCCUGGACGGCGAGGACGCCGCCGUGGCCAUCCUCCGGCCCACGCAGAGCCGCGUGCUGCCGCAGGCCCUCAGCGUGGACUGGCUCAACGACCUGGUGUACAUGGUGGGCCAGCUGGUGCAGGAGGGGCAGGACGCGGCCCCCACCUGGCAGGUGUCGCGCGCCUCGCUGGACGGCCGCGGGCUGACGGUGGCCGUCGCGGGGCUGCCGUCGCGGCCCCUCCACGUGCAGGUCGACCCCUACAACGGCUUCCUCUUCUGGGUGCUCGGCGGCCCGCGCGGCGGCCUGUACCGCCUCGACCUGGCUGAAGUGAGCAACGGCAUCAAGCACGAGACCAAGCCCUCCGUGCUGCUCGAGGACCCGCACCUCGGCGCCUUCGUCGUGGACCACGCCAACUUCCGCCUGCUCGUGCCGCACCACGCCAACAACACCGUGCUGGCGGUGUCGCUGGACGGUCGCGAGGUGGCGGACCUGCGGCGCAACACGCAGCAGGCCAUGUUCCGCAACGUGGUGUCGCUGGCCAUGGCGGGCGGCCUCUUCUUCUGGACCAACGGGCGCGAGGUGCUGACCGAGGAGUACCACGCGGGCCAGGACGCCUACUUCCACAACACGUACCCCAACCCGGCGGACCGCUCCUUCGUGUCCGUGUGCGUCGACGGCGCCGCAGCGCAGCCGGUGCCCGUGCCCGUGAACCCGCCCAUCGCGGUGCAGGCCGUGCUGGGCGCCGCGCUGGCCAAGGCGUCCUGGCGGGCGCCGCACCUUCUGGGCGGCCAGGGCCGCGGCGCGUGGCAGGACUGGUCCUACAUCCUGAGCGUGCGCGACGAGGCCCGCGGCGACACCCUGGAGCACCGCGACGUGAACGCCACCUGGUGCACGGUGCACGGCCUGCGCGAGGACACGCCGUACGUCGUCAAGGCCGCAGCCUACACCUCGGCCGGCGUGGGCCCCUGGAGCAGCGAGUUCCGCGCGCGCACCCUCCGCAGCUACCCGCCGCCCGCCACCGUGCUGUGGUCCGCCGCCGAGGGCCUGCUGCGCUCCGACGUGACGGCGGACCGCGUGGAGGUGCUCGUCGACGCCAACAGCCUCCGCGACGCCCGCUCCGCCGCGCCCUUCCACGCCGCGGGGCUGGCCUGGUGGCGCGACCGCGUGUACCUGGCCGCCAACACGUCCAUGGUGUACGUGUACAACCUGACGAGCCGCGAACUGGCGCGCCUCCCGCACCUGGACAACGUGGGCAGCAUCGCCGUGGACUGGGUGGGCCAGCGGCUCUACUGGUCCAACCCCAAGCAGCAGCUGAUCACGCGGGGCAACCUGCUCGGCGGCCAGCAGGAGCCGCUGCCCAUCCUGACGGUGGCCAAGGAGCUGCUGGUGGACGCGGCCAACGCCUUCCUGUACUGGUCCACUGGUCACGGCGUGGAGAGUGCGCGCCUCAACGGCAAGGGGCGGCGCACCUACUACCCAGCGGAGCUGUUUUCCGGCAAGCACGUGAUGGGGCUGACGCUGGCGCCCGACUCGCAGUCCCUGUACUGGGUGGUGCGCAGCUAUGAGGGCUCCGCGUUGUUCAGUGCCCCGACGGCCGACGCGCUCCGCCUGCCGCCCGGCAAGGCGGUGGAGCCCACGCAAGUGGCGCAGCUCUUCGUGGGCAUGCAGGGCCCGCUGUGCUACUUCAGCCACCACCUGCUGUGGCUGCAGGACGACCGCAACGCCGUCAUCGGCGACCUCAGCGGCCAGAACGCGGCCAUCAUCAGCGGCGGCGGCACCAGCCUCUCGCACCUGCACACCGUCGCCGUGCAGGACCCCGACCAGCAGCGCGUGCCCGGCGACUCGCCAGCGGACGUGGACGUGAUCCCCAAGGCCGUGGCGCAGUCCUCCAUCCGCGUGUCCGGGUCGUGGGAGUCGUUCAACAUCUCUUGGAACGCCGUGACCAACGUCAACUACGGCCAAGUUUUCUACGAAGUCAAAAUCCGCGAUGGCACCGGCAAGGAGAUGACGCAAGAAACGAUGCACGUCUCAGUGCGCUGCUGCGGCGGCCAGCCCCCGCCCUACACGGAGCUGGACGUGACGGUGCGGGCCUUGACGUUCUGGGGCGCGGCCCCCGCGGCCAGGGCGCGCCUGCACAGCCCCGCGGCGCGGCCCAGGGAGCCCCACAACCCGCGUGUGUUCGUCACGUACCAGCCCGGGCCCCGCCGGUGGCACCACGACGCCACCAACAUCACGGCCUUGUUCAGGUGGGACCCACCGCGCCAGCCCAACGGCCCCGUCCACAAGUACCUCGUCAAGUACUGGUACUCACGGCCCGUCGGCGACCUCCACAUGUGCGAGCCCGUCGUGCUGCCCGCCGACAAGCUGGAGUAUGAGGCCACCGUCCUCGAGCACAACUGUACUUACUACUUCCAGGUCCAGGCCUUCACGGAGGCGGGGAGCGGCGCCCCCAGCCACCCCGUGUCCGCCAACACCGGGGCCGAGCGCCCCGUGCCGCGACUGCUGCUCGCCACCGUGCACGCCCUCAUGCUGGAGGACUGCGACCGCCGCGCCGAGACCACGCUGCUGCGAGCGACCGCCACCCCCAUCGACCUCACCUUCCUGCACAGCAAGGCGGCCGAGGGCCAGGGCCGCGUGCUUUGGCUCAGCGAAACGCAGGAGCUCAGGGCGGCCUCCUUCGACGGGAGGAACAAGACCAAGCUGGCGGGGCUGUCCGGCGCGGCCCUGAGCGUGGCGGUGGACUGGGUGGGGCGCGCCGUGUUCUGGUCCGAGCUGGACGAGUCGGCGGGCGGCUCGGCGUCCGUGGUGCGCAGGCUGCAGCUCGACAGGGACUCCGCCACCCCCGUGACCCCCGUGACCGUGCUGCGCAGGGAGGGCGUCGUCCGCCAGCUCGCCGCGGCGCCGCUCAACAGCACGCUGGUGUGGGUGGAGGACGGCGUGCUCAUGGCCAGCGGCCUGGACGGCUCCUCGCCGAGGCGCUUCUUCUCCAGGACCGCGUCCCUGGAGCGGCGCCGCCGCGCGUGCACCUGCCCGGCCAGCACGCGCGUGGGCCCCGCCCUGUCGCUGGACCACUCGGACGCGGGCCGGCCGCGCGUCGUGUGGGUGGACGAGGGCCGCGGCGGCGACGUGGUGGCCGCCGACCUGGACGCGUGCGCCUGCUCCGUGCUCGUCAACGCGCGCGCCCUGCGCGAGGCCGGGCUGGAGGCGGGGCUGCCGCCCAGCGCCGUGGCGGCGGACGGCGAGCGCGUGUACUGGGCCAACGCCUCCCUGGGCCGCGUGUACUCCGCGCCAAAGGCCCACGACGCGCACGCGGUGCACGCGGUGCACGCCGUGGGGCUGCAGAUCCAGGCCCCGCAAGGCGCACAGACGUCGCACGGCCUCACGGCCAGGGAGCUGAGCGGCGUGCGGAGGAUCGCCGCCCUGGGCUCGCACCUCCAGCCCUACCCCGCGGAGCACUGCCUGACGCCCAGCCAGCCAGCCGGGGCCGUCAUGCUGGUGGCCAGGAACUCCACCUCCGUGCGGCUGAGGCUGCCGACGCCGCUGCGGCCGCCACAGUGCAGGGGCGUGUCGCUGGCGCCCGUCAUGUCCACUCUGUACCACGGCCGGCCCCAGGACUGCGGCGCGGACAGGGCGCGCUGCGACGUGACCGUCACCUACGACGACGAGGUGGAGGUGUCGGGGCUGGAGCCCUUCACGGAGCACGUGUUCUUGGUGGCGCAGGCCAACUUCUACACAGGGCAGCGGGCCGUGGUCCCAGGGCCCACCGUCGUCUUCCAGACAGCAGCAGGAGCCCCGUCGCCGCCUCGAGACGUGCGCCUCCGCGCCGAGGACCCCAGCACGGUGCGCGUCUGGUGGCGUUCCCCCGAGCGCCUGCACGCCGAGUCCGUGUGGUACGAGCUGCACUGGCGCGCCGAGGGCCCGCGUGGGACAUCCGGGCAGGACGUCGUCCCGGACCAGGGCGGCAAAGACCUGCACACGGCCACCCUGACCAAGCUGGCGGCCGGCCAGACCUACGCCGUGUGGGUGCGCGCGCACGCCCACGCCAACGCGCUGGGGCAGGACGACGAGGCCGCGCACUCAGACAGCGCCGUGGCCGUGGUGCGCACACUGCCGGAGCCCGGGCCGCUGCGUCUGGUGGUCACCACGCCGUACUCGCUGACGGUGUCCUGGAGCGACGUGCCCGCCAACGCGUCCCUGCAGAGCUGCGCCCUGCAGUACUGCGUGACGGGCACCUCGGCCUGCCGCACCGUGGCCCUGUCGCAGCCCGACGGCACCCCCGUGCUCGUGCAGGGGCUGCAGCCCAAGACCAACUACACCAUGCGGCUGGAGCUCACGUUCCCGCACUCGACGCAGACCUUCCUGUGGCCCGGCGACGCGCGCUUCACGUUCCAGACGCACGGCGACCGGCCCAGCCCGCCCGGCACCCCCAUCAUCCAGCACCUGCACCGCGCCGUGUACCAGGUGACGUGGCUGCCGUCCGAGCCCAACGGCGCGCCCGUCGAGGCGUACACGCUGCAGGGCUGGGUGCGCCGCAAGUCCGCGCACAACGAGCUGGACCUGCAGGACAAGCAGGACGCCGAGUGGCCGCCGCGCAGCCGCAGGCAGGCGGACCCGCAGGCGGACUCCGCCUCGGACCUCGCCCAGCCCGACGAGCCGCUGUGGGAGACGUUCUACAACGGCUCGGACAACUUCUGGAUCAUGUCGGAGCUGGGCGCGGGCGCGCUGCUGGGCGCGCAGUUCGUGUUCCGGGUGCGCGCCCUCAACGAGCACGGCUGGAGCAACUGGAGCGCCGAGUCGCGGAGCUUCGACCUGAGCGAGGCGGCCUUGCUGGCGGACCAGCAGGAGCUGGGCGUCGUCCUGGGCAUCGCCAUCCCCGGCGUCAUCGCCUUCUGCUUCGUGGCCGCCCUCAUCUUCCUCUGUGUGAACCGGCGGCGGGAGCAGGAGAAGAAGGCCCUGCAGGCGUCCGGGGCGGUGGGCGCGGCGGGCGUGGGCGGCGUGGGCGGCCACGGCGGCCACGGCGCGCUGGACGUGGAGCUGGCCACGCUGAGGGAGCUGCCUCGGCGCGGCAACUUCAUCCACCGCACCAACACGCUGUACUCGGCCUACCCGGCCAGCAACCCGCCGGACGGCCCCACCGACGAGGAGGUGGCCCUACUGCCGCACAUCCGACGGCACCAGAUCACCCUCACCAAGUUCCUGGGCAGCGGGGCCUUCGGGGAGGUGUUCGAGGGCAACGCCAGGGACCUCGCCGACGGCCAGGGCGUCAUGCGGGUGGCGAUCAAGACGCUCCGGAAGGGCGCCACGGAGCUGGAGAAGUCCGAGUUCUUGAAGGAGGCGCAGCUCAUGAGCCACUUCAAGCACGCGCACAUCCUGGAGCUGCUGGGGGUCUGUCUGGACAACGACCCCAACUUCAUCAUCAUGGAGCUCAUGGAGGGCGGCGACCUGCUCAGCUACCUGCGGUGCCGCCGACCAGCAGCGAACGCAGGGUCGGGGCUCUCGCUGCAGGACCUGCUGGGCAUGUGCGUGGACGUGGCGCGGGGCUGCCGCUACCUCGAGGAGAUGCACUUCGUGCACCGCGACCUGGCGUGCCGCAACUGCCUGGUGGCCAGCCUGGACGGCGGCCUGGACAGCGGUGCCAGCGGCCGCAUCGUCAAGAUCGGCGACUUCGGCCUGGCGCGCGACAUCUACAAGAACGACUACUACCGCAAGGAGGGCGAGGGCCUGCUGCCAGUGCGCUGGAUGGCGCCGGAGUCCCUGAUGGACGGCGUGUUCACGUGCCAGUCCGACGUCUGGGCCUUCGGGGUGCUCGUCUGGGAGGUCAUGACCCUCGGGCAGCAGCCCUACCCCGCCAGGACCAACAUCGAGGUGCUGCACUACGUCCGCGGCGGCGGCCGCCUCGGCAGGCCCAGCAACUGCCCGGAGGACCUGCACCAGCUCAUGCUGAAGUGUUGGCUGUAUGCGCCCGAGGCGCGGCCCACCUUCAAGUACUGCCUGCAGAUCCUGGAAGACCUGAAAGCCAAGAGCCAGUCACUUCCGAUCCCGCCCCUAAAUCUAGUCAAUGGUGGUGUCGCCAAUCGAGGUUACUUCGAGGACGAGAACCACAACAGCUCGGGCGACUCCUGGAAGACGGGCAGCGACGGCGGCAGCCGCGAUCGGGUGCCGUUCCUGCAGACCAUCCCGCAGACCAUCCCCAAGUACCUGGAGCUCAUCUACGACGGCGCGGCGGAGGAGCGGGCCGGCGACGGCUACGAGGUCCCCGUCGGGAUGCCCAGGCCGGUGACGGAGUACUCGAACCUGCCGCCAGCACCGCCAGCGUGCCCAGACACGACGCUCACGCCCGGGACCAGCUGACAGCAGGGCCGCCGCUAGUCGCUUUUGUUUCUUUUUUGUUUUCUGCUGGUGUACUUUGAGUCUGCAAUCCUGACGAAAGCUCAACAGGUUGGCAACGGCGGUUCGGGCGGGAAAAUUUCCAAAAUUGCAAUAAAAUGAAUCCUCUCUAGGAUGAUGCCCUGUGCGAUGGCGAAGCGUGCAUGCCAUCCCCAACGCUAGUCAAUCUCUUACAACAUACGAAAUGUAUAAUUUACCUUUCGCGUCUGAAACGAAUCAGUAUUGUUUAUUUAUGCCAUUCGUUAUAAGUGUUGUAUUUAUGUACUGUAUUUAGGCACAACAAGCGUAUUUGUGCCUUACUUUUUUUCGAUGAGACCAAAGUGCAAUAUGUGUAAAGUAAGUUAAGGAAAAUCGCUAAUGUAGGGUAAGAGUCUUCCAUUCCAAGGAUCAAAACCCAGUAACAUUUAGUGAUCAGUUUGCAUAGCCUACCCAAUCAUAAUUUUUUGUGUUUCUGUUACUUCUUAUUUCAUUCUGCUAUGUUUCAUUUCUUUUUAAACUGAUCACAAAAGGUUGUGUGUUUGUCCAAGAGUUUGUAAGUUUAUGUAAAUCUUGUUAUAUGUACUAUGAAAAUUGUAUAAAAUGUUAAUGUGUACAUAUUUUAUAUUAAUUUAAAACAAAUUUGUUGUAAAUUAUACCAGUGAAACUUUGCAUUUACUGCAGGUAUAGAGUUGUUCCUGAGAAAUUUUAAUAAACAUGGCAAGGCUGACUAAUGCUGCGCUUGAUAAAUCAA